AUGACCAGUGGGUGCUGUGUUUUUGUCCUAUUUUUCCUCUUCCAUGUCUCGCUGAGUGUGGAAAUGACAGGGUUGUAUGGCAGCUUCACAUCCCCCAACUUCCCCCAGCCAUACCCUGACAACCAGCGCAUAGUGUGGAACAUCACUGUCCCAGAUGGCCACAGGGUCAAACUCUACUUCAGCCACUUUAGUAUGGAACCCUCAAACGAGUGUGAAUAUGACUACAUUCAGGUUUUGGCAGAGGGGAAUGAAACCUUGCGGUUCUGCGGUGAGGAAGAGAAGAACUAUGAAAGCACCCCGAGGAACACCGUCAUCCUGUCAGCCGGGAACCUCAUGUCAGUGGUCUUUAGGAGUGACUACUCUAACGAGGGCCGAUUCACCGGCUUCCAAGCAUUUUACACCUCAGAAGACAUCGAUGAGUGUCUGUCCAAGAUAGAUGGGGAGAGAGUGUGUGAUCAUUUUUGCCACAAUUACAUCGGUGGAUAUUAUUGCACGUGCAGACAGGGAUACCUUCUCCAUGACAACAAAAGAUCCUGCACAGUGCCAUGCCACAGUCAGGUGUUGACCUCGCUGUCUGGGGUUCUGACCAGUCCGGGCUACCCGAGUCCCUACCCACCCAUGAGUCAGUGUGACCACACCAUCCGUCUGCCAGAGGGCUUCAGAAUAAUCCUAAACUUCCCGGAACCCUUUGAUGUAGAAGGACACCAAGAUGUCCCCUGUCCAUACGAUAUGUUGAAGAUUUCUACCGCUGGACAACAGUAUGGACCCUUCUGUGGAUCAAUGCCACCAGCUCGCAUUGACACAGGAAGUUACCAAGUACAUGUUGCAUUCAGAUCCGACGCUAGUGGGAAAAACAAGGGAUGGAUGAUAAAGUACACCAGUACCAAGGCUGAAUCCCUUACUUUAACUUAAGACGGAUUGCUUGUUGACUUGAACAUUGUAUGUGUAGUUAGGCUGUAUGCUAUCUCAAUAUUUUACACAGUGACUUUUACAUUGUGGCAA